AUGCUUCAUGCUGCUGAUAUCAGUCACCCAGCAAAACCCUGGAUCUUACACUCACGCUGGAUUCAGGCACUGAUGGAGGAGUUCUUCAUUCAGGUUACACACACACACACACACACACAACAAUACUACUGUCCACUAACACUCAGCUGCAGAAAUAAACCAGUGUCUUUUCAUUAACGUAAUGUGUGUGUGUGUGUGUGUGUGUGUGUGUGUAACAGGGAGAUAAAGAAGCAGAGCUGGAACUAACCGUUUCCCCCCUGUGUGAUCGACACAACACCCCCGUCCCUCAGUCUCAGAUCAGUGAGGAUCUGAUCUAAUCACCAUCUGUAUCAAACACACUUCCUGUGAUACAUGCGCACACACACACCACAUAUUCACUACACACACACACACCCCACAUAUUCACUACACACACACACACACACCACAUAUUCACUACACACACACACACCACAUACUCACUACACACACACACACACCACAUACUCACUACACACACACACACCACAUAUUCACUACACACACACACACACACCACAUACUCACUACACACACACACACACCACAUAUUCACUACACACACACACACACACACACCACAUAUUCACUACACACACACACACACCACAUAUUCACUACACACACACACACACCACAUAUUCACUACACACACACACACACACCACAUACUCACUACACACACACACACACCACAUAUUCACUACACACACACACACACACCACAUACUCACUACACACACACCACAUAUUCACUACACACACACACACACCACAUAUUCACUACACACACACACACCACAUACUCACUACACACAUACACACCACAUAUUCACUACACACACACACACACACACACCACAUACUCACUACACACAUACACACCACAUAUUCACUACACACACACACCACAUAUUCACUACACACACACACACACCACAUACUCACUACACACACACACACCACAUAUUCACUACACACACACAUACCACAUACUCACUACACACAUACACACCACAUAUUCACUACACACACACACACACACACACACCACAUACUCACUACACACAUACACACCACAUAUUCACUACACACACACCACAUAUUCACUACACACACACACACACACACCACAUACUCACUACACACACACACACCACAUAUUCACUACACACACACAUACCACAUACUCACUACACACACACACACCACAUACUCACUACACACAUACACACCACAUAUUCACUACACACACACACACCACAUAUUCACUACACACACACACACACACACACCACAUACUCACUACACACACACACACACACACCACAUAUUCACUACACACACACACCACAUACUCACUACACACACAUAUAUACACACCACAUAUUCACUACACACACACACACCACAUAUUCACUACACACACACACCACAUACUCACUACACACACACACACACACACACCACAUAUUCACUACACACACACAUACCACAUACUCACUACACACACCACAUAUUCACUACACACACACAUCACAUAUUCACUACACACACACACCACAUACUCACUACACACACAUAUAUACACACCACAUAUUCACUACACACACACACACACACACACACCACAUAUUCACUACACACACACACACACACCACAUACUCACUACACACACACACACACACACACACUACCAGGCUGAACAGUGUGUCACAAUGUGUGAGAGAGGAUCACUGCUGAUGAAACGCUGGAUCAGCUCUGAUUGUGUGUUUUCAGGUUUUAUAGAUUUUAUCGUGGAUCCCACGUUCUCAUUAAUAACAGACAUGGCAGAGAAGAUCGUGGUUCCUCUGCUGCAGAACGAGAACCCUGAAGAACCUCAGAACAGCACCAGAUACAGAGGAUUACAGUGGAGUGGAUCUGAGCUGGUUAGUUUUAAGUCCACGUGGAGGAGACACAGUGAGGAGAACAAGAGCAGGUGGAGAGAAGAAAUCAACCACGGUUCUUCUGAACAAAGAGAUGAAACUGAAUUACAGAAAAGUUCAACAACUAAAUGAGUUCUGGUUUAAACACACACACACACACACACACACACACACACACAUUAUAUGUAUAAACAAUAACUCCUAUAGCGAUGACUCUAUAUAUUGGUUUAGAGACACCUGACCCCGCCCUGCUCUAUAUGUACAGUGCUGUGAAGAAGAAUCACUUUAAUAAAACCUGUGUGGUAACGAGCAGCAGCACCCGAUGCCACGCCCUAAAGAGAUUCACAUCCAGAUGAAAAAUAACUGAUGAGAUCCCGUUACAUUUGAUGUAAAGCUAACACCCCACUCCACCAUAAUAACAUCAUACCAACAGUAAAACGUGGUGGUGGUAGCAUGAUUGUCUGGGGCUGUUUCUCUUCUGCAGGACCUGGACGAAUUAAAAUGUGAUUAAUGAGCAAAACCAGAAGAAAUCAGGUGAGGGGGGUGAAUACUUUUUCACAUCAGUGUAGUACACAGAGGUGAGCUCUCAUCAGUUCAGCUGAAUGUUCAGUGUAAUUAAUAAUAGAUUUUUAUUAAAUAAUUAUUUAUAAUUCCACUAAAUCUCCUGUCACAUGUUCUUCCACCCACUUUAUUCCACUGACUGGUUCCAGCUCACUGGUAAAAACUAGAACUGAAUACUGGGAUGAUUUUACUGGUUUUAAUUUUAAUUCUGUAUCAUUAAUUGCUGAGAGUUUCUGAUCAAAUGUUACACUGAACUAAAUGUAUAAUAAAGUUUAAUAAACACA